UUUGAUUUGUUUAAGGUCGCGUGGUUUCGGUUGCCUACGAAGGAAUUAAGUUUCUGUGUAAAACAGACCGUCAUGGCGGGAGAGAUGAACGACGAAGUGGAAUUGGACUUUAAAACGGCGACAGGACUUGUUUUAUUUUGUUUUACGGUGAGCUGCCUUUUUUCAACGACUUCAGGCAGCACGCUGUUGAUAAUCCCCAUCAAGGAUGGAGAGGAGAUCAGGCAGUCUGACCCUGGACACUUCUGCUACAGCAACGAGCUGGUACCGGGCUGGAAGGAGACCUGGACCAGAAUCCAGAUCCAAGUGCGUAGCUCUCAGAAGUUUAAGGUGACAGUGGUGGAAGAUGAGGAGAAGUUGAAGGAGCUGGAGCAGUUUAACUUCUGGACCCUGUUUCAAUAUUUCGUCAAAGAAAGAUCCAAUGAGACGACCAUCAGCGUGAACCUCUUCAGCAGCAAGACCUGCUUCAAAGUGGAUCCCUCUGACAAAACCACCAGCUACACCAUCUCGCUCACUCGCAGGUUUGAUCCCUACCUGUUCCUGGUUUUCCUGGCUGGCUUGUUGCUGUUUUUCUUUGCAGACGAACUCAGCAGGAGUCCAGCUUUCUUCUACUCUGCUGGUAUCAGUACAGGAAUGAUUGCAUCACUUAUCAUCCUGGUUUUCAUUGUAGCCAGGUUCCUCCCCAAGAAAAGUCCCUUCUAUGUGCUGCUGGUGGGAGGCUGGUCCUUCUCUCUGUAUCUCAUCCAGCUGGUGUUCAGGAACCUGCAGCACCUCAUCAAGCAGCACUGGCAGUACGUCACAGGCUACGUGAUGCUGGUGGGCUUCCUGAGCUUUGCUGUGUGCUACAGGCACGGCCCCCUGGUGGAGGAGCGCAGUAUUAACCUGCUGUCCUGGGUGCUGCAGUUGCUUGGUCUCCUGCUGCUCUACGCAGGGAUCCAGGUCCAGCAGGUGGCAGUGGCGCUCAUCAUCGCUGCAGUGUGCGCCAAGAACCUGGAGUACCCUGUCCGACUGGGCCUUGCAGUGCACGGGAAGCUGCAGCGCUGGACAGCCAAGCCCGAGCCCCCUCGAUUUCUAACUGAAGAGGAGUAUCGGAAGCAGGGAGAGGUGGAGACACAGCGUGCCCUGGAGGAACUCCGAGAGUACUGCAGCAGCCCUGACUUCAGUGCCUGGAGAACUAUCUCUAGGAUUGGGUCGCCCAGAAGGUUUGCUGAGUUCGUGGAGGGUGGAUCUCACCUGAUCCCCAGCGAGGUGUCGGUUCACGAGCAGGAGUACGGACUGGGGGGAUCCUUCUUCGAGGAGGAGUUCUUUGAAAACGAGGAGGAAGAAGAGAUGUUAACCUUGCACAGAAAUCACAACUCGGUGUGAAAAACACGAAGACUAAACUCCGCCUGGGACAAAAUAACCUUAAUCCAUACUGCUGGCCCACAAGAGGGGGAUGUAUCCCUCUCCAGGGUAAACUGAACUCUCUCUCCAGGGUAAACUGAACUCCUGUUGCCUUCGGAUUCUGUGCCGAGAGCUACAUUGACAGUCUGAGUUAAGGUGGAGGUGCUGAUUUACACUACUUAACCUCCUGGCCUGUGGUGGUGGUUGACAUUUGUCCUUUUGAAUUAUUUUAAAAGGUAAAAGAGAACACUGCUCUGAGUUUUUCUGCUUCAACAGGGAGUGGUACAAAUUGUUGACAAGCAGUCUUUGAACAGUUAAUACUGAAGAUAACUGAAACAAGAGCUUUUGUAUUGAAAGGAUAAAGUAAUUGUUGCUAAGAGAACUGGUUCCAUACAUGUUCUCCACCAUGCACACCCAUUUCCAAUAUACAUCUCCUGAUGAGCACUUUUGCAAGAAACACAUUGUAGCAAACAUGUAUCUUCAUUUAAAAACAUACCUGGUACAACACUUGGUUGAAGAGAUCUCAUUUGCAAGCCAUGCUUUUCAACUUGAACUUCCUGGGGCAUUUAACCUGGAGAAUUAAAUUAUCGCCACCCCUUCAGGGCUGCCUUUCCUGUGUGUGUGUAACCAACCAGCAACCUCCUCUAAUGACUGGCAGUCUUUACAGCUAGUAAGAUGCGUUGACUACAAAGACACUACUGGGGUGAAAUGACCACAGAAAUAGAGUUCCUGGAAGGCAACGUCUAGUGCAGUACCUGACCUCAUGCUUUAAAAAGUCUCUUUGUAAAACACGUGUUUCUUUCAAAACUGCUCAUUUGAGACCAUUUUAGUGAAUAGAAGGUAUGAUUUAGGAAAUGGACUGUUUGCUACGGCCACUAAGUUUCAAUUGGCCAAAAUAUCCAACAGUUCAGCCUAGUUUUCUCAAUAGAAUUGUGUUUCUUCUCUUGGUGAAAAUAUUAACUUGGCAUAUCUGGGGGCAAGACUCCACUGAAGGAAAGUCUAGUUCUGUUCCCCACACCAUUUUGAGAAAGCCAUUCAAGUUUUUCUGUAAGUGCUUGGAGACCAGUGCACUGUAAUUCUUCUUAAUGUUCAUUGUAGAAUUUCAAAUGAACGUUUUGCCUUAAGUUUUGUAUGGCCACCGACAACCAUUUUAUAUUAAACACAAUGUAAACAUGCCUAAACAGCUACCUUCCUUACUUCAGAUGUUUCCAAAUGCAUGCAGAAGCUUUACAGCCCAAUACUGUUUCAUAAAUUGUCUUGAAGACCAACGCUUCAAAUUUCUAUGUAGCUAAGGGGAUAGAUAGCAACUUUAAAAAUCCAGUAUAAUCCUCUGUUUUGAUUUCUACAAGCAGUAUUUUAAAAAGGAAGAUAGGUGAUUAAGUCCAUUUAGAGGUUUCGUCCAGUGGUUACCUUCUGGUCCAGCUCUUAUUUCUUGUUUGUACUUUUUCUCCCCAUUGUUUUUAGUAUGAUCACAAUUGCAUUUUAAAUUUGUAUCGCUUUUCAUGUUGAGAUGAAAGCAGUGAUAAUCAAGGCUUUGUCUUAGCAAUUGUUUAUCACAAUGUUCUGUUUUAGGCUUAAAUUGGAGACAUGUCAUUUCUUACAGCCCCAUAUGGUAGAUUUAAAAUCUUAGAAAUACUGGGGGGAAAAAAUUAAUUCAUUGAGAAACAUUCAGACUAGAAGAUUCUUUCAAUUUCUUUAAAUGUCUGAAGACAUUGUAAAAGACUUCUAGUUGAAACAUUUUUUUAUUGAAUUUAAGUUUCUUUUAGUAUUUCUAAAUCCGGCACUGUUUAGUGUUCAGUAGUUUAUGGAGGAUUUCAAAAUUUGAUAACUUAUCUCUGUGAGCCUCAUGCCCUCUCCAGAGCCAUGAUCUCAAGACAAAGGAAUAGGAGCCCUUCAUCACAAGCCAGUCCAUAGACCUGCCAUGUUCUACAGCCAUCACCUCCUUAUUUGAGGCUUAAUGUGUGCUUUUUGUGUCUCUCUUGCUGUGGUUUUGUUUAGUCCAUUAAUAGCUGUUCCUUGGUGAAGAUCUUUUCGUACAAAGGUAGAGACUGCCAUUGCAGGCCAUUUUAAACUUGCAAAAAAUCCUGGAAUUUCUCCAUUACAGAUCCAGCAACUGUCAGUAAAACCUGGACUGGCCCAAAUGUGUGCGGUUACAGUGGGAGUUUCCUUUCCACACACAUUCUGAAAUGUUUGGACUGUCCGUGUUCACUAAGGAUUGGAGCUGAGAAUGACUGGUUUAACAGGUAGUGGUGUGACCUGUCUGAGUUCAGUUAGGGUUAGUUGAGUUACUGAGGCAGCUGGCUUGCUUUUGCUUUUGUUUUUUUAUUUCUUGAAAUAUUUAUUUUGCAUGUUAAUGUUCUUGUGUGUGUAAUCUAUAAAAUACAUUACACACAUAUACAUGUUUUUCUUUUUAAACUCCUAUCUGAAUACACCACACAUUUUGACCUCAGCAAUGCACUGUGCUAUUCUGUAUGCAGUAAAACCAGUGCAGUGCACUGUGCUAUUCUGUAUGCAAUAAAACCACUGCAGUGCACUGUGCUAUUCUGUAUGCAGUAAAACCAGUGCAGUGCACUGUGCCAUUCUGUAUGCAGUAAAACCAGUGCAGUGCACUGUGCUAUUCUGUAUGCAGUAAAACCAGUGCAGUGCACUGUGCUAUUCACUGGGCACCAUGGGGCUGUUUGGAUAGUUGAGG